AUGUAUCGAUUAUCGGCACUAUCUCGUGCCACAAAAUGUGUUACCAAACAAACACUGUUACCCACAACAGCAUCGUCCUACCUUCUUCGUCCCACCUUGACAUCGUCUUUUGUGCAAGCGCGUCGUCAUUAUGCCUCUUCUCAUCCUCCAUCAGUCAAUGAUGGCUUCCUCCAGGGAAAUGCAGCCAACUACAUUGAAGAAAUGUACGAAGCAUGGCUUAAAGACCCUUCCUCUGUUCAUCUGUCAUGGCAAGUCUAUUUCAAAAAUAUGGCCAAUGGUGUACCCUCUGGAGAAGCCUAUACGCCACCACCUACCAUUAUGCCAUCCGACAGCGCUCGUAUGCCUGACCUGCCCACAGGCAUAGCUACCAUGAGCGAAUCCAGCAAAAAAGUCAUUGAACACAUGAAGAUCCAAUUACUGGUUAGAGCGUAUCAAGUGAGGGGCCAUCAUCUCGCCAAUUUGGAUCCUCUGCACAUUGAACAUGCCAGCACCGAGAACCAGCAUCCUCCUGAACUCACGUAUCAGUACUAUGGAUUCACGGAUAAAGACCUUGAUCGAAAGUUUACCUUGGGUCCUGGUAUUCUGCCUGCCAUGGGUCAAACCAACAAGGAAUUGAGCUUGCGUGAAAUCAUUGAGGCGCUGAAAAAGAUGUAUUGCGGUUCUAUUGGUAUUGAAUAUGUCCAUAUUCCUGAUCGUGCUCAAUGUGAUUGGAUCCGUGCUCGGGUUGAAAAGCCUGAGCCUUACAAGUACACGCAUGAUGAAAAGAAGAUGAUUUUGGAUCGUCUGACUUGGUCUGACAGUUUUGAACGUUUUGUUGCUUCCAAGUAUCCUUCCGAGAAGCGUUUUGGUCUUGAAGGUGGAGAAUCUUUGAUUCCAGGUAUGAAGGCAUUGAUUGACAGAUCUGUUGAUCUGGGUGUUGAGUCCAUUGUCAUUGGCAUGCCUCAUCGUGGUCGUCUGAACGUCUUGUCCAACGUCGUUCGCAAGCCCAACGAAUCCAUCUUUUGUGAAUUCAGCGGCUCGAUGGAACCCUCCGACGAAGGUUCGGGUGAUGUCAAGUACCACUUGGGCAUGAACUAUGUCCGUCCAACGCCCUCUGGAAAGCGUGUGCACCUCUCUUUGGUGGCUAACCCAUCUCACCUGGAAGCAGUUGACCCUGUAGUGCUCGGCAAAACCAAAGCACUUCAAUUCUACGGCAAAGAUGCCCCAGGUGACCAUGCCAUGUCCAUCUUGAUGCAUGGUGAUGCUGCCAUGGCUGGUCAAGGUGUUGUUUACGAGACCAUGGGCUUCUAUGAUUUGCCUUCUUACUCAACCGGUGGCACGAUUCAUAUUGUCGUCAACAACCAGAUUGGCUUCACCACAGACCCUCGUUACGGUCGUUCCACACCUUAUUGUACCGAUAUCGCCAAAUCAAUCAAUGCACCUGUAUUCCAUGUCAAUGGCGAUGAUGUUGAAGCAGUUACCUUUGUCAUGCAAUUAGCCGCUGACUGGAGACAGACCUUCCACAAAGAUUGUGUCAUUGAUUUAGUCUGCUAUCGUAAACAUGGACACAAUGAAACGGACCAGCCCAUGUUCACGCAACCGCUCAUGUAUCAAGCCAUCAGUAAGAUGAAGCCUGUCGCUCAAAAGUACGAAGAGCAACUCGAGAAGGAAGGCGAUUUCACAUCUGAGCAGAUCAAACAGGAAAAGAAGCGUGUCUGGGAGAUCUUGGAAAAGAGUUACGCUGCAAGCAAGACCUACAAGCCAAGCUCUCAAGAAUGGCUAUCCAGCAGCUGGCCUGGCUUCAAGUCUCCCAAGGAGCUCGCUACAGAAAUCCUUCCCCAGUAUCCUACCGGUGUCUCUAGCGAAAUCUUGUCUCAAGUUGGAAAAGCCAUGACUACACUGCCUCAAAACUUCCAUGCCCAUCGCAACAUUAUUCGUAUUCUACAAGCUCGUGAAAAGAGCAUCGCGAGUGGCAAAGACAUUGACUGGUCUACCGCUGAGGGUCUCGCUUGGGGCUCUUUGCUCUUGGAGAACAAGCACGUUCGUGUCUCUGGUCAAGAUGUAGAACGCGGUACUUUCUCUCAACGUCAUGCCGUUUUGCACGAUCAAAAAUCAGACAAUCGCGCCACCUUGCUGAAUGAUAUCAGCCCUGAGCAAGGUGUUCUUUCCAUCUCCAACUCCUCCCUGUCCGAGUACGGUGUAUUAGGUUUUGAACUCGGUUACUCUCUCGUGGAUCCCAACUCGCUUGUUAUCUGGGAAGCUCAAUUCGGCGAUUUUGCCAAUACAGCUCAGGUCAUUGUGGAUCAAUUUUUGGCUUCUGGCGAGCAGAAAUGGCUCCAGCGCACAGGCCUCGUCCUGUCUCUUCCUCAUGGCUAUGACGGCCAAGGUCCCGAGCACUCUUCUGCCCGUAUUGAACGUUAUUUGCAACUUUGCGACGAGAAUCCUUACGUUUUCCCAUCACCCGAAAGGCUAAAGCGCCAACACCAAGACUGUAACAUGCAAGUCGUAUACGCAUCCACACCCUCUCAAUACUUCCACGUCUUGCGUCGCCAAAUCUGCCGUGAUUACAGAAAGCCAUUGAUUUUGCCCUUCUCCAAGUCCAUGCUUCGUCAUCCAUUGGCUCGCUCCAGUUUAUCUGAAAUGACAGGCAACACACAUUUCCAAUUGUAUUUGCCAGAAUCACAUCCAGAGACCUUGGCUGCCCCUGAACAAAUCAAGAAACACAUUUUGUGCUCUGGCCAAGUGUAUUACGCUUUGUUGAAGGCGCGUGAGCAAAACAAGAUGAACGAUAUUGCCAUUUCUCGCGUAGAACAAUUGAAUCCAUUCCCAUAUCAGCAAAUCAAGGAGCAUGCUGAUAAAUAUCCUAAUGCCGAAAUUAUCUGGUGUCAAGAAGAGCCCUUGAAUAUGGGUCCAUGGCAACAUGUCGAACCUAGAUUGACUACUGCUCUUUCCGAAACACAACAUCAUACUGGUAAAUCACCAUCUUAUGCUGGCCGUCCUCCAUCUGCCGCUGUCGCUACUGGUAACAAGAAGAAGCACUACCAAGAAGAGUAUGAUUUCUUGAGUCAAGCGUUGAUUGGUAAAUCAACAGAACCUAGAGGUAUUGAAGCUGGUGUGCCUGUUUGGUAA